AAAGGUUCACAACAGUAACUGUACUUUUAAGAGUGGAUGUUAAGGUGUCUGUUGAAGGAGAGAUCAGGCCUGGAAGGUGUAAGCUGGACCAUAUGGACUCUGGAAUAUCAAGUUCUCUCUCCAGCAUGUCGAUGACCCAGUCCAGCCCUGGUACCCCUGGUCGACCCCACCACACCGCUGCCCCCGGGCCCCUCCAGGCUCCUCUCGGCACUGCUCUGGUCCAGUUCCAGCUAGGCCUCUUCAGGGAGGUGGUUCGGGUGUCUGGGGGGCAGCUCAGCUACUGCCAUGCCAAGAGACUGGCUGCAGAGAUCAUAGAACGCAAGGCUCCAGACUGUAGUGUGGUGGGUGUUGGGGAGAAGGUCCUCCUGUUCAGACACCAGACAGGCUCGGAACACCUCCUCCACAGACUCACGGACCAGGAUGCACUUCUGGACGGCGACCUCAUAGAGAUCAUCCUCUCAGGAUCAGCUACUGUGACGGGGAUAAAGAUCCACCCACACUCCCUGGCUGUCCAAUCAUAUCGCACCCCCACCUUCUGUCAUCACUGUGGGGAGAUGCUGUGGGGGUUGGUACGUCAAGGGUUAAAAUGUGACGGUUGCGGGCUAGACUUUCAUAAGCGCUGUGCGCUGCAGUUGCCUAGUGACUGUAGCCGUGCACGCCGUCGUGUGUGUGGCCCCAGCCUGUCCUUAUUCCCCCCUGCCAGGCCCCGAACACACUCCCUCUCCACACCUGCAGGGGGCAGUAUGGAGGAGAUCAGUAUGUUCAAGCCCAGGCCCAGACCUCCGUCGUGGGCAGAUCAACCGGUGUGGCUGGGGGUGGUCCAGGGAAAGGGUGGCGUGGCGGGCAGGGCCAGGGUGCCACACACCUUCCACAUCCACAGCUACACCAAGCCCACCGUGUGCCAACACUGCUACCACCUCCUUAAGGGCCUGUUCCGUCAGGGCCUGCAGUGCUCCGACUGUAAGCUGAACUGCCAUCGUCGCUGUGAGUCCUCCCUGGUCCCCGCUGACUGUCCUGGAGUGAGGACGAACGCCAAUGGGGAAGGAGACUCCGUGUCCAGUCUGGGCUAUAAGGACGACACAGAGGAGGAGGAUAUGAGAUGCAGUAUGACAUCACUAGAAGACCAUGACGAUGAGCCGUCUACUGAGGACCCAUUCACUGAGAUCAAGGAGGUGGGACAACAGCCACCAAUCACUCCGUGUUUCAGUAGUUAUAUUCCUCUGAUGCGGGUGGUCCAAUCAGUUUGUCACACUAAGAGAAGGGCCAGUGGAGUCCUGAGAGAGGGCUGGCUACUGCAUCACACCAACACCGACACUCUGAGGAAACGUCAUUACUGGAUAUUGGACUGGAAGAAUAUUACUCUGUAUCAGAAUGAGACAAGCACCAAGUACUACAAGGAGCUUCCUCUGUCUAACGUGCUGCAGGUGCGAGGCCCCGCCCAGCUGUCUGGCCCCUUGUUGCCAGACAACAGUGCGCACUCGUUCGAGGUGGUGACGGGCACGCUGGUAUACUGUGUGCUGGCGGGCAGGGACGGGCAGGCCUGGGAGACCGCAGUACGCCAGGCUCUGAUGCCCGUCCAGAGCAGCGGGCAGGCGGGCAAACAGGGACAUGACCAUGGACCCCAGAGUGGAGAGAAACCGGACAUCAGUUCAGUGUAUCAGAUCUUCACCGAUGAGGUGCUUGGUUCAGGACAGUUUGGAGUGGUGUAUGGAGGCACCCACAGACAGUCUGGUUACCCAGUGGCCAUCAAGGUCAUCGACAAAACCCGUUUCCCUACCAAACAGGAGAGACAGUUGAGGAACGAGCAGGCAAUUCUACAGAAUCUGUCUCACCUGGGUGUAGUUCUACUGGAGGGAAUGUUUGAGACCCUGGAGCAUGUCUUUGUUGUCAUGGAGAAGCUCCACGGAGACAUGCUGGAGAUGAUUCUGUCCAAUGAAAAGGGCCGUCUGCCAGAGCGCACGACACGCUUCCUGGUUACACAGAUUCUAGAGGCCCUGCGCUACCUGCACUUCAAACACAUUGCUCACUGUGACCUGAAACCUGAGAAUGUAUUGGUGGCCUCCCCAGAUCCUUUCCCUCAGGUUAAGCUGUGUGACUUUGGCUUCGCCCGAAUCAUCGGCGAGAAGUCUUUCCGCCGCUCAGUGGUGGGCACGCCGGCCUACCUGGCGCCCGAGGUCAUCAGUAUCCAUGGUUACAACCGUUCGCUGGACAUGUGGGCGGUGGGCGUGGUCCUGUACGUCAGCCUGAGCGGAACAUUCCCCUUCAACGAGGAUGAGGACAUCAGUCAGCAGAUCACUAACGCUAGCUUCAUGUACCCCCGUCUGCUCUGGUCUAACAUCUCACUAGAGGCGGUGAGUCUGAUCAACAACCUUCUCCAGGUGUCAGUGAGACGUAGGUUCAGCGUGGGGAAGGCCCUGGGACACGCCUGGCUACAGGCUCCUGUCAGCUCACACUGGACCCAAACACAGCACACAAACUGUCUGAGGAGAACAGAAAGGUGACAACCCCAUCCAGGUCCAGUCUGGACACUGUUACUGGGUGGUUGAGAGGAGUGUUCAGUAUGUUCAUACAGCAGUCUCCUAUAAAGACAUCAUUAGAGGGUCAGCUAAAGACUCCUUAUUCUGGCUAAAUGAAACGUCCUGGACUUUAAACUGUGCUAGCAAUGAUGAUAGUUUCUACCACAAUACUGUUAUGACUAAAGUAUCAGGCCCUCUGUCUUCCAGAGUAGGAGUGUACCUGAAUCACGAGGCAGGUACUCUGUCCUUCUACAGCGUCUCUUCUGAUACAAUGACCCUCCUCCACAGAGCCAAGACAACAUUCACUCAGCCCCUCUAUCCUGGGAUUAUGCUUUGACAUAAACUGUGGUAGAAAUCCCCAUGCUUUUCCCCCCUCAAAGAAUAGAUAUUUAGCUAUAUAAUUCCUUCACCGUUGCUCUUUGGAGAUUGAAGGAAUUAAAUAUAUUUUGAUAAAACAAUGUUUUAAUCUUAUACUGCAUGUUCAAAUUCAUCAAGUGUUUCUGACACAAUGACCCUCCUCCAUAGAGUUCAGACAACAUUCACUCAACCCCUCUAUAAGGAGUUUGGGGUUUGUUAUCAGCACAGUCAUGAUACUUCAGAGCUGUGUAAACUGUGGUAGAGGUCACCACACUAGAGUGAAGCUUUAUAAUGCUCUUUUCUGAUUUGAUCAUGAGAUAUUGAUUGACUUUACUGUUGUAAUCUCAGAUUCGUCACGAUAUAUUUUCACUUAUGUCAAAUACUGAAUAUUGUUAAUCAUCACUAAUUAUUAUCUAUGUACUGUAUGUCAAUGAAUCAAAAUAGGUUCCUUGGUAUUAAUCUGUUGUUUUCCUACUAGCAUGUAAUACGUAUUUAGGUGAGAAUCAUAAACUCUACUCCGGGUUACAUUUUCAUUUAUUCAUGCAUUGAUGUCAAUAGGAGACAUAGUGAACAUUUGGCUAAAGUGGAAGUUAGGAUUUGCCCCUAACAUCAUUGGAUAGAUUUCAUUGGGAUAGUUUGCUCUUAGGUUGCACAUACCGCUUGAUCAACCAUCAUAAACCUGUCCAGCUGAUGGGGCUGUUUGCCAAACAAUAAACAGCAUUGCUAAUCUGUAGAUCCGACACUCAGUAAAUCAGUAAUUAGCUACAUUUUCUAUGAAAUCUUUGAAGAUGUAGGGUGUUUCUAAAUCUCUAUUGUAGUGAAUAUUAGAUUAACUGAUUCUCCUGUUCAUGGGCUUGAUAAUAAAGGGUUUAAAACUCUUGUCUAUCUCU